CCGCCGCCCGUCCCUCGUCCGUCAGUGCGCCCGCCGGGCUGGCCGGCCGCGGGAAGGGGCCGCGGCGCGGGCCGAGGGCUCCGGAGUCGGCGGGCGCUGGCCGGGAUCGCGUUAGAGGAAGCGCGGGUGGAGACGAGUCCGGGCUCGGGCGGGAGGCACAGCCCGGGGCAGGCGGCGGGGCCGAGCCGGGUCGGGGAAGCCGUCGGGGGGCCCCGAGGUGCCCCGGGAUGAGGGAGACGGGCGAGCCUCGCAGGCCACGCGGGGGGCUGAGGUGGAGGGGGCAGGGGGCCGCGGCGCGCCCUUCCGCCCAGCCCUGGCCCCGGUUGGCAUCUCCCCUCCCCAGAAGCCGGGGCAGAAAGCCCCUCCACCCUCGUUCGUCCGCUCCGGACCCCCCUCCGCCCAGCCCAAGCCCUCCCUCCCCCCACCAGCCAGCAGCCCCGAACCUGACACAGUGUCAGCAGCAGAUGUCAGUGCCCACCCCAGGUAAGCCUGGCCUGUCCACGUGGCUUGGAGCCCCACAAGUGACACUCAGAGACCCCCCCCCCCCACAUCAAUCCAGGUUAUCCCCAGAGUGGAUCUCCAGGACCUCAAGACCACAGCUCUCCCUACGUAGGCCCCAGAGCCUCCUUGCUACAUAGACAUUAAGUCCCCGCCCCAUCAGCCUAAGACCCCUACAUCUUUCAGGACCCCUCAUCAGCCUGGGCUUCCCAUGUGGUCCACACCCCCACAUGACAGCAUCAUCCCCCCACUGUGGACCCCAGACACGUGCCCAUAGGCCUCGGGUGCUUUCAGCUAGGGGCCCCACUUGAUCCCCUCUAGAUCCUCCAUAAACUCAGCUUCUCCCCACGUAGACUUCAUCCCAGGACCCCGGAGGGUGCUGAGGGGCUGCAGUUCUCCACCCUGGAAUCUGCCCGGGGCGCACUUCCCUGCUCACCGGCGAGAAGGGCCCUGACUGCUGACUGCAUCUGCCUGCCGCCACCUGGGUUUGUCUGGAGCUGCUGGGACUGUCCUGGGAUCCGGUUCGCUUGCCCCCUGAGGCCGGAGAGAUGCUCCCGCUGGCCAGAGCCCUCGCCUCCCCCAGGAGUCCCCAGACCCCAGCCCUGAGGGAGCAGGACAGGGCCCCUCAGCUGGCCGGCCCUGGGGAUACUGAGGCCUGGCGCCUGCGUUUCCGACAGUUCCAGUACCGCGUGGCAGGAGGGCCACACCGCGCGCUGGGCCAGCUCUGGAUGCUGUGCCGCCAGUGGCUGCGGCCCGAGGCGCACUCCAAGGAGCAGAUGCUGGAGCUGCUGGUGCUGGAGCAGUUCCUGGGUGCGCUGCCCAGCAAGAUGAGGACCUGGGUGCAGUCGCAGGGCCCUCGCACCUGCAGGGAGGCCGCUAGCCUGGUGGAGGACCUCACACAGAUGUCGCAGCAGGAAGUUCUGGUAUCUCUCACCGACCACCAGGACGGGAGCAUCAGCGAGGAGGAAGACGGGAAGAACCAGAAAGACCCAUGCCAGGCAUCGGAGCUGGGGCUCCCCCAGGAGGGCGAGUGGCUGCAGCCUGCCCAGCCCCAGCGGAGUCCCCACACCAGGGCGGGGGCCGAGGCAUCCUGCACCCUGGGCUCACUCGGGCUUCAGCCUCCCAGCAUGAAGGCAGACAGACUGAGGAUGCUGCAGCAUGGGGUCCCUUCAGCAGCCUGCCCAGGUGAGGACAAGGGGGCCCCGGGGCUGUGGGAUCUGCCCCCAACCCCACGUGCCCCUUUAUCUUAAGAGAGGGAAAGAUGCAAAACAAGAAGGCUCUACUGAGUACCAGCAGCUGGCUGCCUGCCCUUCUCUGCAGCCCUUGGGGGGCAGGGGCGGGGAGGCAGUGCGGCCUCCAGCCUCUGUCCCUUCACUAACAACCCUUUUCCCUUACCCUCCCCAGGCCUGGGCUGCUUGCCUGUGAAGCCUAGUGUCUGGGAUGAGCCUCCCUGUGGGCAGGUCCGGGACAGAGCCCUGGAAAACAGGCACUGUCUCCCCAGGCUGGCCCAGGACACUCCCCAGGCCGAAGGGAGUGCCCGGCAGGCAGGGGCUGCCCCCAGGGACACUGUGCUUCAGGGCGCUGGGGGCCAAGGGCCUGCUCCAGAGAAGCCCCUGCACCCGCGCCCUCAGCCCAGCCUGGUUGCAGACCUCACCCUCCCAAGUGCUCAGAGCAGUAGUCCCCAAAAGGGACUUGGGGACCGUGAUGCCAGCAGCACCCACCUGCCCUUACUCAAAGACACCAAAGCCUCCCCCGAAGAGUCAGGGCGACCGGCUGUUGCCCCCUCCUCCGGGAGCUCAGCGGCGCCGCCAGUCCCCCCAGGGACGCGGCCCUUCGCGUGCGCCGAAUGCGGGGAGGUCUUCACCUGGGUCACCCACUUCAUGGAGCACCAAAAGCGCCACCUGGAAGAGGGGCCCUUCUCGUGUCCCGAGUGCGGCAAAACCUUCCUGCACGCCUCUGUCCUGGGGGAGCAUCGGAAGAUCCACCUGCUGGAGCCGCUGCCCAAGAGGCCCCGCCGGAGCGGGGGCGAGGAGCCAGGAGAGGCCGACCCCCAGGAAGCGGCAGGGCAGGCCCAGGACUCGGAUGGAGGCCGGCGCGGGGAGCCCUCCGGCCGCGGGGAGCCCUCGGGUCUCGGGGAGCCCUCCGGCCGCGGGGAGCCCUCCGGUCUCGAGGAGCCCUCCGGUCUCGGGGAGCCCUCCGCCCGCGGGGAGCCUUCCGGCCGCCGGGAGCCUUCGGGCCGCCGCGAGACCUCAGGCCGCCGCGAGCCCUCGGGCCGCCGCGAGCCCUCCGGUCGCGAGCGGCCCUUCGAGUGCGGCGUCUGCGGGAAGGCCUUCCCCUGGAUGGUCCACCUCCUCGACCACCAGAAGCUGCACGCCACGCAGUGAGCGGACGUGCGUCCCGGGUGACAGCGACCCCCCGGCGGGCUCGUCCCGCGGGGCGACCCGGGACCCACCGCGUCCCCCCCCUCCCCGGUGACAGCGACCCUCGGUGGGCUCAUCCUGCGGGGCGAACCGGGACCCGCUUCCCUGCCGCCGUGUCCCCCGGAUGACAGCGACCCUCGCGGACUCGUCCUGCGGGGCGACCCCGGACCCGCCGCGUCUCUGGGUGUCGCCGCGCCUGCCUCUUACCCCGAGUGACAGCGACCUUCGGCGGACUCGUCCUGCGGGGCGGCCCGGGAGCCGCCGCCCCGUUCUCCAGGUAACAGCGACCUUCGGCGGACACAUACUGCGGGACGACCCCAGAACCGGGCGCGCCUGCCGCUUACCCCGAGUGACAGCAAUCACCGAAGGGCUAGUCCUGCGGAGCGACCCGGGACCCGCCACCCCCGCCGCCGCGUUCCCCGGGUGACAGCGACCCCUGGCGGACUCGUCCUGCAGGCGACUCGGGACACGCCACGUCUCUGGGUGUCGCCGCGCCUGCCGCUUACCCCGAGUGACAGCGACCCACGAAGGGCUCGUCCUGCGGGGCGACCCGGAACCUACCGCGUCUCCCGGGUGUCGCCGCGCCUGCCGCUUACCCCGGGUGACAACGAACCUCUGCGAACUCGUCCAGCGGAGUGACCUGGGACCCGCCAUCCCCGCCGCCGCGUCCCCCGGGUGACAGCGACCCCUGGCGGACUCGUCCUGCAGGCAGCCCAGGAACCACCUUGUGUCUGGGUGUCGCCGCGCCUGCCCCGUUCCCCGGGUGACAGCGACCCCGGGUGUUCGUCCUGCGGGGUGACCUGGGACCCACCGCGUCUCCCGGGUGUCGCCGCGCCUACCGCUUACCCGGGUGCCAGCGACCCUCUGCGAACUCGUCCAGCGGAGGGACCUGGGACCCGCCAUCCCCGCCGCCGCGUCCCCCGGGUGACAGCGACCCCUGGCGGACGCGUCCAGCAGGCAACCCAGGACCCGCCGCGUCUCUGGGUGUCGCCGCGCCUGCCCCGUUCCCCAGGUGACAGUGGCCCCCGGGUGUUCGUCCUGCGGGACGACCCGGGACCCACCGCAUCCCCCGGGCGUCCCCGCACCUGCCGCUUAACCCGAGUGACAGCGACCCACGAAGGGCUCGUCCUGUGGGGCGACCCGCGACCCACCGCGUCUCCCGGGUGUCGCCGCGCCUGCCGCUUACCCCGGGUGACAACGACCCUCUGCGAACUAGUCCAGCGGAGCGACCCAGGACCUGCCACCCCCGCCGCCGCAUCCCUCGGGUAACAGCGACCUCCGGUGGACUCGUCCUACAGGUCACCCGGGACCCGCCGCCUCUCUGGGUGUUGCCGCGCCUGCCACUUACCCCAGGUGACAGUGACCCCCCCCCCCGGGGGGCUCGUCCUGUGGGACGACAGGACACCCACCUUAUCUCCCGGGUGUCGCCGCACCUGCCGCUUACCUAACCGAAUGACAGCGACCACCGAAGGGCUCGUCUAGCUGAACAACCUGGGACCAGCCACCCCCGCCACCGCGUUCCCCGGGCGACAGCGACCCCUGGCGGACUCAUCCUGCAGGCGACCCGGGACCCGCCGCUUGUCUGGGUGUCGCCACGCCUGCCGCGUUCCUUGGGCGACAGCGACCCCCAGCGCCGCGCUCAGCUGGGCAGUCCGCCGUCUGUGUUCCGCAGGCGACAGAAGAGGAGCUUCGCCAGCGCCAGUUCCAGGAGCUUUUCCGGGGGGCGCCCUUCACCUGCCGGCCCUCCUGCACUCCCGGGAAGGCCACCUCCUGCCCUCACAGACCCUGGGAGCCUGGCACAAACGCAGGGCUCUUCUAUGUGGUCUUUCCCUUUCCUCUUCUUCUUCUUCUUUUUUGUUUUUGUUUUUGUCCCAGCCCACCUUUUCCUUUUUCACUCUUUUUUUAUGAUAAAGUACACACAACUUAAAACGUGCCAUUUUAACUACUCAUAACGCACAAUUCGAUGGCAUUAAGUACAUGCAUAGGGUCGUGCAACCCAUGUAUUCUGGUACAUUUUCAUCACUCCCAAAAUGGGUUCCCCGUACCCACUAGCAGUCACUUCCCACCUCCCCUCUCUCAGCCCUUGACACCUACUAAUCUGCUUGCUUUCUGGAAGAUUUUAGGCAGGAUUUUUAGGACUGACCAAAACUGACCUGCACACGUUUCCGUUUGACUCACAGAAUGACCUUUGUGUUUUUGUUUCUUUUAAAGAUAAAUGCAAACAUUUUUCAAACCAUACACGUCACAUAAAAAUCUGGCAUUAUGGUCACCCUGGAUCUCCCCAGAGCAGGUGUUGGAUCACCCAGGUGCCUCAGUUCACCCCACCACUGCUGGGGAUGGCCCACGUGCAUCUGGAUUCAGCCGGACAUCCGUCCCUACCCCUUCAUCGCUGGGCACCACUUGCCCCCAUGCCAACAAAAGCCUUACAAGUGUCUUUUUUUUUUGAACUUGGAUAGUGUUGGAUUGACUCUGACCCCACAUAAGCAGAGACCUUCUCCUUUUAAUCAUC